AUGAAGACCUACAUGUUUCCACGUUUCCACGCACCCCUGAUCGAUAGCUAUCCCACCAAUUAUCCCAUUCGAGAGUAUCAAUACGCCAUUGUGUCCACCGCUCUGCUUCGAAACACGCUCGUUUCGCUUCCCACCGGUCUGGGCAAGACGUUCAUCGCUGCUGUCGUCAUGUAUAACUUCUAUCGAUGGUUCCCCGCGGGAAAGGUCGUGUUUAUGGCGCCAACAAAGCCGCUGGUGACGCAGCAGAUCGGUGCGUGCUAUGAUAUCGUCGGCAUUCCUCACUCCGAAUCGGCCGAGCUGCUUGGGAACCGUCCUGCGGAGGAUCGUCGUCGUUUGUGGUCGACGAAACGCGUUUUCUACUGCACUCCGCAGAUUUUGCAGAACGAUUUGGCGAACGGCGUGGUGGAUCCGAAGCUGAUAACGUGUUUGGUCGUGGACGAAUGCCACAAAGCGCAGAAACAGUACGCGUAUGUGGUGGUGGUGCAGCGAUUAAUGCAGAUUCAUCAUCAUUUCCGAGUGUUGGGGUUGAGUGCGACGCCCGGGCAGGACAUCGAAUCGAUCCAGAGCGUGAUUAAUAAUCUGGACAUCAACACGAUUUGUCUGCGAACGCGCGAAGACCCUGACGUUCGGAAAUACUUGAAGGAAGUGCUCGAAGAGGAGAUUGUGGUCAAGCUCAACGCGCGUUAUCAGAAAAUGAUCGAUGAAUGGAUGGGGUUCGUGCUGAAUCCGCUCAUGCGAUUGAAUAAUUUGGGGUUGUUGCCCGAACGAAACCCGCGAAAGGUCAACAAGAUGAUGCUUCUCGAUCUCCAGAGCCGGAUUAUCAGCGGAAAAGUGUCCGGAGUGAGCGGGCCGCGCCGAAUGGAAGCUCUCAACGACAUCAAAUUGCUGAUGAGCAUGACGCAGGCAUCUGCGGUGCUGUCGACGUACGGAGUCGGCGCGUUCGUGGAGGUUUGGAUUGCUCAAACACAUCAUUUCCAGACGCUAGGCGUGAUGUUUCAAGAAACCGCCGUCGAGAAACCGAAUCCUGCGAAGGUGCAGUUGGUCACGUCCUCCAAAUUCAAAGAGUACUACAACCGAAUCUUCCAGGGCGUGCAGAAAAUGGAGUACGUCCACCCGAAGCUCGAGCGUCUUCGCGAGUUUCUGAUCGAUCAUUUUCGACGAAACGCGGCGGCGGGACGCGAAACGCGCGUGAUUGUGUUUGCUCAGUAUCGCAGCUCGGUGCAGGAGAUCCUCAACUUUCUGCGAGGCGAGAAGAUGAUUCGAGCCACUGCGUUUGUGGGACAGCAGAAGCGGAACACGGACGUGGCGAUGGUGGGUGAAGACGGCGAGCCGACCGCAGAACACUUGUAUCCCGACGAAAUCGUUCCGAAUACCGCGCAUCGAACGAUCUCGUCGUAUUUUGGGGGUCGCGAGUCGCUGCCUGCGGUCACUUCGGUGCCGUUUAUUCAAGUGAACGGACAGUCGCAGAAGCAGCAACAGGAGAUUCUGCGUGACUUUAAAGCGGGGAAGUUUAACGUGCUGGUCGCGACGUGCAUCGCGGAGGAAGGACUGGAUAUCGGAGAAGUGGAUUUGUUGGUGUGUUAUGAGGGAAUUUCCUCCUCGACGCGCCUGCUGCAGCGGAAGGGAAGAACGGGAAGAAAGCGAUCUGGACGCGUAGUGAUGCUUCUCACGGAAGGAGCGGAGUAUCAGAAGCAUCGGCGAAGUCUCCAGAAGUACACGGCGAUCACGAAAACGCUGAAGACGCGCGGAGAUUUGCUUCGGUUCUGUCCUCACAUGGACACGCUGUUUACGAGUGGGUUUCAUCCGGAAUGCGUGAAGGAAUCGCUGCACAUCUCAGAGUUUCAUUACAGUCAGAUCGGCGGACACACGCCGAAGAAGCGAAGCCGGACGGUGAAUCAUUACGUGAUGAGUGAUGAGAGAAAGCGAAGAGAGAAUUCGUGGUGGGAGUCGGCGCAGGGAAAGGAGCUGACGUCGCUGUUAUUGCGAGGAACGAUCGAUGUGUCGUUGGCGAUGCGGAAAGCGGAGGGGAGCGGAGAAGAGAAGGAGAAUCGAUGGGGCGUGUGGCUUCGAAUGAAAUCGUUUAUUGAAGGCGAGAAGUGGAAAGAGGCGUAUCCGGAAUCGCUGACCGGAACGUGGCUUUUGGAUGAGAAAUCGAUUCAUCGGAGCGUUUGGGUUGGUGAGUGGGUUCAUGGAAUAGUUGCCGAGUUAUUCCGGAAAUGCGGAGAAUCGGCAGAGCCGCCGAACGAUGGAAUCGCUGCUGAAUGA